UAUGGCGGAGGCGAAGCAGGAGGUUCAGCAUACCAAAUUGUUGGAAGGUUCCAGUGAUCAAACUGAUACUCCUCCAGAAAUUGGGAGUCCAGAAGGCCCCAAACUCGUCAAAUUUCUCAAUUUUUGGGAGCAGUUCAAUCUUGAAAAUGGCUUUAAACUUCUUGGUCACUCAAUCGGCGUUUACCCCCUGGCAUUUCUAAUUGCUUCUUUGAUUCUUUCUUCGCUUUCUGUUGGGAUUUACUGGUUAGAAAUAAAAGAUCGUGUUAGAGAUGGUUACACACCUACAACUUCAAUGUCUCGUUAUGAGACCGAUGUUCUAAAAGAAUUUCUGGGGUCUACAGGCGAUCCUCUUCUAACAACGGUGCUGCUUAGAGCUCGGGAUGGUGGCAGUAUGCACAGAUUGCGCUGGUUAAACGCUUCAGUCAAUUUGCAUUCUUUAUUGCAUCUAAAUAUUUCUGCCGAUUUGGAUGGAGAGCCUAUCUACUAUUCCAACAUUUGCGGCCCUUUUUGUGAUGCAAAUGUGCCUAUCAAUUAUUUCUAUGAGUCACUUAAUUCACAACUAACGCGCCUUCAUGCUGGAAAACGGCCGAGCAAUUCUCUUAACCUCACUUAUCCAAUUUCGAGGGUAAAUGGCUUUGAUUUGCACUUGGAAAGAAAUUUUUAUGGUGUUAGACUUCGCAAUAAUAAUGAAACUCGCAAUCAAGAAGAUCCUGAGGUUUCUCAGCUUUCAAAAUUUACCAAUAUUGAACAUAUCGAGGCAAUAAUGAUGACCUUUAGAGCAGACAUUUCCCAUCCUAAAGAUGAAGAAAAAAUGGCAAGGUGGGAGAUGCGUGUUUAUGAAUUCAGUCAAAAUCAGUUUAAUAAUUCAUUAAUUGAAAUGUUGGUACUUGGAUCAGAAAUUGUGGAUUAUGAAAUGGCUAAAGAGGCGGAAAAGACUGUCCCCUAUUUUGUUAUGGGUUUUCUCUUUAUGUUUGCAUUUGUUAUUUAUACUCUACUUAUUGGUGCUUUCUUUUAUGGUGUAAUGGAUAGAGCCAAACCUCUAUUAGCUUUAGGCGUUUCCCUCUGUCCAGUACUCGCUAUAACCUCAACAUUUGGAGCAUGUACUCUCGCUGGUUACCGUACAAAUUCUGUUAUUCUUAUCAUGCCAUUCUUAAUUUGCGGGAUUGGAGUUAAUGAUGCUUUUCUGAUGGCUCAUUCAUGGAAUAGAACAGCUCGGAAGCAUUUGCCAAUUCCUGAAAGAUUGGGUAUUAUUUUUGAAGAAGUUGGUCCAUCAAUAACAAUUACUACUCUUACAAAUGUUGUUACGUUUUUGAUUGGAGCAUUGACACCGACGCCAGAAAUUUCACUUUUUUGUUUGGCCACUGCUAUUGCACUUGGUUUUGCUUAUAUUUACACGUUAAUGCUUUUUGCCCCACUUAUUUACUUUGCAAGUAUUUUUGAAGAAAGAAUGGACAAUUCUGGGAAUAACACAUUUGCAUUUUUGGAUAAAAUUAGACAAGAGACUGAUUUAUUAUUUAAUUGGAUUUUAAAAUUUUAUUGUAAAAUAAUAUCAAAUAGAAUUUUUGGUUUUUUACUUUUAUUUGGUGUACUUAUUUAUUGGUAUUUUGCUUUGGCUGGGACACUUAAUAUUCAGGCUAAAUUGGAUACUGAAAAAAUUCUGCCAAGGAGCAGUCCAAUUCUUGAGCCACACAAAUUAAUUUCUCAUAUGGUCUGGACAGAAUAUUAUCCUCUAACGAUUUUGGUCAAUAACCCAAUUGAUAUUCGUUUGAAGGGGCAAUUUGAUAGAUUCAAUACAAUGUUGGAGGAGUUUGAAGGGCUAAAAUUUUGCAAAGGUAAACAAUUCACCAUUUUAUGGCUCAGAGAUUAUAUAGAAUAUUGUAAAAUGGCUGCCCUCUAUGAUUUUGACUUUUUUGAUAAUAGCAAUACUUCAUCAGAAAUGCAUAUCGAUUCUUUGUCAAGUAGUGAAACUGGAUUUGACUAUUCCCGUCUAGAACAAUUUCUUAGUUCUCCAUUUUACAAGCAUUACAUUCCUUUUCUUCGUUUUUCUUCAAAAAUUAAAAGGCCAAUAACUGGACAAGAAUACCAAGUUCCAAUUUCAAAAUUUUGGUUUUCCGUAACUUAUCACAACACUGUUAGUUGGGAAGAGCGCAUCAAUUUAAUGCAGGAAUGGCGAAGAGUUGCCGAAAACUAUCCAGAUUUAAACGUGACGGUUUGGGAAGUUAAUUCAAUGUUUGUUGAUCAAAUGUUAAGCCUCAAGUCUUUAACACUUCAGACAACAUUUUUAACUCUUUGUUGUAUGGCUUUAGUCUGCUUAAUCUUCAUACAAAAUCCUCUUUCUGUGGCCACGGCAUCUUUUGCAAUUGGAUCAAUUUCAAUUGGUGUUAUUGGUUAUUUAAGUUGGUGGAAUUUAAAUUUGGACCCGGUAACCCUUUGUGCAGUACUUAUGUCAAUUGGAAUGAGUGUAGAUUUUACAGCACAUGUGUCUUAUCAUUUUCAGCUUUCACACAAACGAGAAGUUAAAGAAGGCCAACUUGUGGAAAAAAGAUUAAGUAAAUCAAUCGACAAACUUGAAAAUACCAUUCGCUCAAUUGCUUGGCCAAUGUCUCAAGCUGGUCUUAGCACAGUUAUCUGUGUUUUUCCACUCGUAUUUUUGCAGAAUUAUAUUCCCUUGGUUUUUGUCAAAACAAUUUCUCUUGUUGUCAUUUGGGGCCUUUUUCAUGGACUGGUGCUUUUACCUGCAUUUUUAACUUCAUUACCUCCACAUUGGUUAGAACUAAAUUGUUAUCGAAUGAUAAUUCAAAGGCUUCAAUUAAUGGGGAAUGAUAACCAAAAUAAUAUUGAAUCAACAAUAACAAAAGGCGAUGAUUUGGAAUCGUCUCAUCCUUUAGUUGGCCGUUUAAGUUAUAAGGAAACAAAAAAAGAAAGUGGAGAAUGAAUGAGAUUAUGAGAGAGAGUUUAGGAGGGUUUUGAUUUUAGUUUUUUUAAAAGGUACAAAAAUAGGUUUUCCUCACCUCUACUUAUAGAUACACCCUAACUUACUUUGAGUCCAAUGUCCCGCCGGGCUAUAACUUCGUUCAAAACAGAGAUGGGUCGGAAUUCCGAUUUCCGACGUUUUUUCCCUCCGAUUUCCGAAAAUUUAGGCUGAUUUCCGAUUUCCGACAGUUCCGAUUUCCGGCACCUUCACCAUAUCCAGCUCACCUCUGGUUCAAAAUUAUCGGAUCUGAAAUGCCCUGGUAUGGGUUAAUCCAGCCGUCGAACCAUGUCAGGGCGUUCCAGAUCCGAUAAUUUUGGUCGAAGUUAUAGCUCUGCGGUACGUUGGCCUGCUUCCAUGAAUGUAAUUCUUUAAGUUUUUAUUUCUUAAAAUCUCAAUUUUAUAUUUACUUUUAGCUUUGUUAGUAGCGAAUUUUAACAGAUUUCUGGCAUCAUUUGUUCCAUACAUUACUAUAGUACAUUGCUAUUAACGAAAGCUGCCCUUUGAAGCAUUUCUCCAUAUUUUAUUUAAAUUUUUUGUAAAUAAUUUUA